GCCCCAUAUCCGGGUUCCCGCCGCCGGUGCCACCGCCUAGCUCAUUCAGCUUUGCCGGGAGUGGAGUGAUUCCCGACCAAAAUGGCGGCUACGGGGCGAGUCGGCUCCUUCGGUUCCUCUCCGCCGGGAUUAGCCUCAACCUACACGGGCGGCCCCUUAGCUAACGAGCUAACGUCGGGCAACGGCGUCGCCACAGCGGGCGACGACGAAGACGGGCAGAACCUCUGGUCCUGCAUCCUCAGCGAGGUCUCCACUCGGUCACGCUCCAAGCUCCCCACGGGGAAGAACGUGUUGCUGCUGGGUGAAGAUGGAGCUGGAAAAACAAGCUUAAUAAGAAAAAUCCAGGGAAUUGAGGAGUACAAGAAAGGAAGAGGAUUGGAAUAUUUGUAUUUAAAUGUACAUGACGAAGAUAGAGAAGAUCAAACAAGAUGUAAUGUGUGGAUCUUAGAUGGAGAUCUGUAUCACAAAGGCCUCCUUAAAUUUUCACUGGAAGCCAUUUCUCUGAAGGACACACUAGUGAUGCUGGUUGUUGAUAUGUCAAAGCCUUGGACUGCUUUGGAUUCUUUACAGAAAUGGGCAAGUGUUAUUAGAGAGCAUAUUGACAAAUUGAAAAUUCCUCCUGAAGAAAUGAAAGAAAUGGAACAAAAGUUGAUUAGAGACUUCCAAGAAUAUGUAGAGCCAGGAGAAGAUUUCCCAGCUUCUCCUCAGAGAAGAAAUACCGUUUCACAGGAAGAUAAAGACGACAGUGUGGUUUUACCUCUGGGUGCAGAUACACUUACACAUAACUUGGGCAUUCCAGUACUAGUAGUUUGCACAAAGUGUGAUGCCAUUAGUGUAUUGGAGAAAGAACAUGACUACAAAGAUGAACACUUUGAUUUUAUUCAAUCGCAUAUCCGGAAGUUUUGUUUACAAUAUGGUGCAGCACUCAUUUACACUUCAGUAAAAGAAAACAAAAAUAUAGAUUUAGUAUAUAAAUACAUCGUUCAGAAACUCUAUGGGUUUCCCUAUAAGAUUCCUGCUGUUGUUGUGGAAAAAGAUGCAGUAUUUAUUCCAGCAGGGUGGGAUAAUGAUAAGAAAAUAGGAAUAUUACAUGAAAAUUUUCAAACAUUAAAAGCAGAAGAUAAUUUUGAAGACAUCAUAACUAAACCACCUGUCCGAAAGUUUGUACAUGAGAAGGAAAUUGUGGCAGAAGAUGACCAAGUGUUUCUUAUGAAGCUACAGUCCCUUUUAGCAAAACAGCCACCAACUGCAGCUGGGAGGCCUGUGGAUGCCUCUCCAAGAGUCCCAGGAGGUUCUCCUCGAACACCAAACAGAUCUGUGUCAUCCAAUGUUGCCAGCGUGUCACCCAUCCCUGCUGGGUCAAAAAAAAUUGAUCCAAACAUGAAAGCUGGAGCCACAAGUGAAGGUGUCCUGGCAAAUUUCUUCAAUAGUUUGCUGAGUAAGAAGACUGGCUCUCCCGGAGGCCCUGGUGGUGGUAGUCCUGGAGGUGGGGCUGGAGGUGGAAGCAGUGGUUUACCAUCAUCCUCCAAAAAGUCAGGCCAGAAGCCUGUCCUAUCAGAUGUUCACGCAGAACUAGACAGAAUUGCACGAAAACCAGUUACUGUUUCUCCUACAACACCUACAUCCCCUACAGAAGGAGAAGCUUCUUGAAGAUACCAAAUAAAGCCAUUUAUUCAAUUUUCUGGGAUAAUGUAAACUUGCCUCUGCCUUUUCCUUCAAAAGUGGAAGUAGGGAGCUAGAGUGCUUUUUCAGAUGGACUGAAUUCACAUCUGUUUUUUGUUUGUUUGUAUUUUUGUUUUGUGGUUGCCCAUUUGUAUUAAAGGGAGCCAUAGAGAAGGAAAAUUAUUCUACAUGAGGUAGGAUUGCUAUUUGCAUUGCCAUUUUGCAUAAGGACAUAAUUUUGGAAUUUUGGAAAACUCAGAAUCGACAGAACUAAAACAUAGCCAUACGAUCACAUUCUAAAGGCUAUUUAAAAGAUAUAGGGAGGUUUAGAGAAGGGCAGGAAAUUAUAUACAAUUUAGGUGUUUGACUAACUUGGAAGUCCAAGCUUAUUUUAAUUAAGACUAUUGAAAUCAUUCAAAAAUUACAUGUUUUACUGGUAAAGAAAAUGAUCAGUUGUCAGAUUUUUGCACACCAACAUAAAUGAAUGCAAAUAAAAUGUACCACCACACAUGGAAUACGCCGAAGAGAACCAUCAGAUAGCAUUUGAUAACACUAGUCACUGUCUCAAUUCAUGAUCCUGUAAGUUGUCAUCAAAAUAUGACUUAGCAAUAUUGGCCAAGAUUUGUUUCUUUAACUGCGAGGAAAAGAAAGCACACUGCCUAAAUAUGUAAAAGAAAAAUGCAGAGGUUAUUAAAAUGUAAAGAGUAAUAGUCUUUCGAUUUGUCUAUAUAUAUAUGUAUAUAUAUAUAUGGCUCUGCCUUAAUAUACCAUUUUUUUGUUUGUGACUUUCAACUGUAAUCAGUUAAUAAAGUAUUUAUUCUCUGCAUUCAGGUUCAAAUAA